AAUUAUCUUGUAGCCCAAAAAUUAUGUGAAAAAAUCCCCUCACAAAAACCCCUACCCGACCACCGCCUCCAUUUUCCACAACUUUUCUCAGCGCUGAAAACGACGGCCGGCAAUUACAGUAUUACACUAUCACAAAUACAUCCCUCUUGAUUCGAUUUGCUUCCAAGCUCUUCAAUGGAACCCAAUCUUCCAUCGCGAUCCAAUCGCAAGCGCCCCGUCCCCGAACUCUCCGACUCCGAUUCCGAUUCCGACAGACCCACGGCGGAAAGGAGGGUUAAGUUUCCCAAGGGGAAGAAGGCGAGACGGGAAGACGAACCCGUGAAGAUACCCCGAGCCGACGAGGACGACGACGAGAUCGGGGUUGAGUUUCCGGACCCCCGUUUCGCCGCCAAAGAACGCGAGAAGCGGCGCCGGUUCGGGGACGACGGGAUCGGCGGCGACGAUGUCUCCGCCGCCGAAGUCGCGUACGGCGAGGAAUUGGAUUACGACAAUUUCGUGGAGGACGGGAUUCAGAUGGAGCCUUUCAACUUGGAGAAGGAGAGGAAAGAGGGGUAUUUCGAUGCCGAGGGGAAUUUCGUCGAGUAUGCUGAAGGAAAUCGAGUGAAGGAUGCUUGGCUGGAUAGCGUUGAAGCUGGGGUUACGCAGUUACAUGUUCCGAAACCGAAAGUCGAAGAUGAUACGGAGGAUUUGCAACCGGAAGAUGAAGAUAUUGGGAAGAUUAAGAGGCGCAUUGCCGAUGUGCUCGAGGAAGGCGAAACGGUGUUGCAGGCUCUGAGGAGGUUGAAGGGGGACAAGAAGGUGAAGAUGUCGCCGGAGACGAAGAGGGUUUUCGAUCAGCUGACUGAGGAUGCUGUGACACUGAUGGACAAGCAUGGGGAGUAUGAUGUGAAUCAUGAGAAGAAGGAGAUUUUCGAACGGGAGGCUCAGGGGUAUGAGACUUUAGCUAGGGCAAGACUCGAAGGCAUCCCGCCAGUUGCUAACGAUAACAAUGGUGAUGAAACUGCUGGAGAUGGAUAUGAUAUGUUUGGUGAAGACGAUGAUGAAGAUGCUAAUGCUGCUGCUAGACCGUCGGAUUCCAACGGAAGAGGAGUUGGUUCGUCCGAAGCGCAGAAUGAUUAUGUGUUUGAUGAGAAUUCGGGGUACUAUUAUAGCAGCAGUUUGGGGUACUAUUAUGAUCCGUCGACAGGGCUCUAUUGCUCCGCUGCAUCUGGGGUUUGGUACUCGUACAAUGAGGAGACCGGAGCGUAUGACGAAGUUUCUCACCAUGAUCAGGCUGCUUCUGCUGCGGCUGCCACCGCUGAGGCUGCAAAGUUGUAAAAUCUGCACUUGUUGAUGGGUUAGAAUUUCGAUUUCAUAUCAAUGUCGCUUUUUUGGUAUUUUUCUUGCAGAACACGAAAGAUAUUAGACAUGAUUAGCAUAA